GACAGGGGCAGCAGCAGCGUAGCAGCGGCUGCGUUCAGACUACUACUUUUUCUCCUCCCCUCCCUCCCUCCGGCUCUCCUCCUCCUCCUCCUCCUCCCCUCCCCCCAAUUCCUCCCCGGAAAUAAUAAACAAAGCGAGUGGGCGGGCGAGGGCAGCAGCGGCCGCGAGGAGCAAGCAGCUCGGGGGCCAGCCGGGGCAGAUCCGCGAGAUCCGGCGGGCCGCCCAAUGACGAGCGGCGCGGGGGGCGGCGGCGGCGGGCUCGGGGGCACCCGGGUCCCGACGUGGAGGGAGCGCGAGAAUAACCGCCGCAGGGAGCGCCGCCGACGCGCGAUCGCCGCCAAGAUCUUCGCGGGGCUCAGGGCCUACGGCAACUACAACCUCCCCAAGCACUGCGACAACAACGAGGUGCUCAAGGCGCUCUGCAACGAGGCGGGCUGGACCGUCGAGCCCGACGGCACCACCUACCGCAAGGGAUGUAAACCAACAGCAGCAGAGCGUCAUGAUCCGAUUGGAAGGUCUGCAUCACCAAGCCCCUGCUCUUCAUAUCAACCUAGUCCAAGGGCUUCAUACAACCCGAGCCCUGCAUCCUCCUCCUUUCCAAGCUCCGGAUCCUCUUCUCACAUCACUCUUGGUGGGAACAACUUCAUUGGUGGUGUCGAAGGCAGCUCUCUUAUCCCGUGGCUGAAGAAUCUUUCCUCGAGUUCCUCAAUUGCCUCCUCCUCCAAGUUCCCACAGCUUCAUCAUCUCUACUUCAAUGGUGGCUCCAUCAGUGCACCAGUAACACCUCCAUCCAGCUCUCCAACUCGCACUCCUCGCAUCAAGACUGACUGGGAAAACCCAAGUGUUCAGCCACCAUGGGCUGUGUCAAACUAUGCGUCUCUUCCCAACUCCCAACCGCCAAGUCCUGGGCACCAGGUUGCUCCAGACCCAGCAUGGCUAGCAGGUUUUCAAAUUUCAUCUGCUGGUCCUUCAUCUCCAACUUACAGCCUUGUGGCACCGAAUCCUUUCGGUAUUUUCAAGGAGACAAUUGCCAGCACCUCAAGAAUGUGCACCCCUGGACAGAGUGGAACAUGUUCUCCGGUGAUGGGUGGUGUGCCAAUCCAUCAUGAUGUGAAUAUGGUGGAUGGUGCACCGGAUGACUUUGCCUUUGGGAGCAGCAGCAAUGGCAACAAUGAAUCGCCUGGCCUGGUGAAGGCAUGGGAGGGGGAACGGAUACAUGAAGAGUGCGCCUCAGAUGAGCAUGAACUGGAGCUCACCCUUGGGAGCUCAAAGACCCGUGCCGAUCCCUCCUGAGUCCUGAUCAUGCCGCAAGAGAUGGUGCCUCUUAUUCGUCUGGGAAUUAAUUUUCAUAUUUAUUUGGACGGUGUUCCUCUAUUUUAUGGGUUCAGUGUUUGUAGAAAGAGAGAAGGGAUUCAGAGAUCGUAUCGUGGUCCUCUGGAGAUGAUAUCCAUCCUCUUUCAGGGAUCUGAACUUGUUCUAGCCUAAGCAAAUCUUUUAACUUAUUUAUUUCAUUUUUUCUUCGUUUCUCUUUUUCUCAAUUUCUCAAGAAAUGAAAAGGAAAAAAAAUGCAAGGGAAACGAGUGCUUGCAGGAAACCUUAAGAAAAGUUGAAGAAAUGGUGUCAGGCUUUAGCAGUAGCUGAGAUUCCUGUGGCAUUCAUGUGCCCUUGUAAAUUAGCUCCAGUUGUCCUUGAUAUGGCUAUUGUCAUUGUACUUGUGUCGAAAGUGUGUACAUUUUAUGGAUC